ACACAACACCAAGCAAAAAAUGAAAGUUGUACGUGUUGAACGUUCCUAUUCUGCCUUUUGAAUCUGACUUUGCUUCGCUUCGUGAAAUGAACAUAUUAGAUCUUAAAUGUAGAAUGGGUUUUGGGUUAUUCAAGGUCUUGGUUUUCCCCUAUAUAUGGUGUUAAGAUAGUUCUGGCCCCAUCAUUAAUAUAUUCAUACCCUGCUGGAUUUCUCUUGAGUUCUAUUUUUUUUUUUUCAGUUUACAGGAAAAGACUUAAAGGUUUUAGGUAACUGAAGAAAAUGGUGAAGAUCUGUUGCAUUGGAGCUGGAUAUGUUGGUGGUCCUACAAUGGCAGUUAUUGCACUCAAGUGCCCAUCCAUUGAAGUAGCUGUAGUUGACAUCUCUGUUUCUCGAAUCUCGGCCUGGAAUAGUGACCAGCUCCCUAUCUAUGAGCCUGGCCUUGAUGAGGUGGUCAAGCAGUGCAGAGGAAAGAACCUCUUCUUCAGCACUGACAUUGAAAAGCAUGUCUACGAAGCAGACAUAAUCUUUGUAUCUGUGAACACACCAACAAAAACCCAAGGCCUUGGGGCUGGCAAAGCUCCAGACCUUACAUAUUGGGAGAGUGCAGCCAGGAUGAUUGCCGAUGUAUCAAAAUCAAACAAAAUUGUUGUUGAGAAGUCAACCGUCCCAGUGAAAACAGCUGAAGCAAUUGAAAAAAUCCUGAGGCACAAUAGCAAGGGCAUCAAGUAUCAAAUUCUAUCAAAUCCAGAAUUCCUUGCAGAGGGAACUGCAAUUCAGGACCUAUUCAACCCUGACAGGGUUCUCAUUGGGGGCAGGGAAACCCCUGAAGGCCAAAUGGCAAUUCAAGCACUGAAAGAUGUUUAUGCUCAUUGGGUGCCAGAAGACAGAAUCAUUACAACCAAUCUCUGGUCAGCUGAGCUCUCAAAACUUGCAGCCAAUGCCUUCCUGGCUCAGAGGAUUUCUUCAGUUAAUGCUUUGUCAGCUCUCUGUGAGGCUACUGGGGCAGAUGUUUCACAAGUUUCCCAUGCUGUUGGUAAGGACUCAAGAAUUGGACCAAAGUUCCUUAACGCAAGCGUUGGUUUCGGUGGAUCCUGCUUUCAAAAGGAUAUACUCAACUUGGUCUAUAUAUGUGAAUGCAAUGGACUACCUGAAGUUGCUAACUACUGGAAACAAGUUAUCAAGGUGAAUGACUACCAGAAAAACCGUUUCGUAAACAGGGUUGUCUCUUCAAUGUUCAACACAGUUUCAGGCAAGAAAAUUGCUAUCCUGGGAUUUGCCUUUAAGAAGGAUACAGGUGAUACUCGGGAGACUCCAGCAAUUGAUGUGUGCAAGGGCCUGUUGGGUGAUAAGGCAUGCUUGAGCAUAUACGAUCCUCAGGUCACAGAGGAUCAGAUCCAGAGGGACCUGAUAAUGAAAAAAUUUGAUUGGGAUCAUCCCAUUCAUCUGCAGCCAAUGAGCCCCACUGCAGUGAAGCAAGUGACCGUAACUUGGGAUGUUUAUGAAGCAACCAAGGAUGCUCAUGGUUUAUGCAUUCUCACCGAGUGGGACGAAUUCAAGACACUUGAUUACCAACGAAUAUUUGACAACAUGCAAAAGCCUGCAUUUGUGUUCGAUGGUCGUUCUGUGGUGAAUGUUGACAAGUUGAGGGAGAUUGGUUUCAUCGUGUAUUCAAUCGGAAAGCCACUCGAUUCUUGGUUGAAGGACAUGCCUGCUUUGGCAUAAAGCUUACAACUAAACUUUGGGAGGCUCAUUUUAAAUCCCAAGACCAAGUUUCUUACUUUUAAUUGCUGGCUGUCGCUAUAACUUUAAAAUCUACAUUAUAGCAAAUCUACCUAAACCGGCUGGCUGCUAUAAGAAUAAAUUAGCAAUGUUUCAUUUCAUAUCAUUAAUAGCACUUUUGAUAUUUUGUUUUUUUGGAACAAAAAAAACAAGGAUGCAGCCGCUGCUAAAUAUGAAAGACCAAAAAUCUGCUGGAGUUGCAGCGAGUACUGACUGGCUUUUGAGGAAGACCGACGACCAGGAACAAAAGAAUGUUUAACUAAUCAAUUUACAUGAUUCAUAAGCUCACUGAUGUGUUUGAUUCAUAUAAAAUAUUAAU